AUGGCUAAUGGUUCCUCUUCGCAUGCCGCUGCCGCGAACAAGACCUCAGCCGUCUCGGAUCGCAGGACCUGGGCCGCCCCCUGGCUUUGCCGCUGGUGUACGCACCCGCGCACAGGAGCCAAGUGGUGGAAUCGUGGAGAUUGCCAGCAAUGUACCAGCUGUCGCGUCGCUAAGGGGGCCAGCUUCGGAGGCCCCAAGCCCACCGACGGCCCGCCAAGUCAGAGGCCAGCCACGACCAGUGUGCGGCGCAAAGGGGACAGUGCGCGGCCUUGGUCGGAUGUGGCGGCCAAGGACCGCGAGAUCGCACAGCUCAAGGCGCAGCUCAAGGCGGCCAACGCCCCUGCUGUGGACGAGGACGCCAACGAUGCCGACGACCCUCAGGGACGGCUCGCGGAGAUUGCCUCGCUCCUCCGUGCCUUGGGCUCAAGCACCGACCCAGCCAUCAUGGGCGCGCGGGAGGCCCUGUCCAAGGAGCGGGAGGCCAUCAAGCUGCGCAUCGUCGAAGCGAAGCCCUACGCGGGCCAGCUCCACCACUACACCACCCGCAUCGAUGCGCUCGGGCAGGCGAAGGACAAGCGCCAGGCAGCGCUGCAGGACCUGCAGGAGCAGCGCCAGCGCCUGGACGACAGGAUUGCCGAGACGGAAGGCCAGAUCGCUGAGAUCAUGGCCGAGGUGCAAGAGCUGGAGGCGCUGCGCUGGAAAGUCUCGGCCAAGGCACCAACUGCUGCCCCUGGCGAGUGCUCCCUGCGCACGCUCGUGCCCGCGGUCGACAUUUCGGUCGAGAAGAUGGGCGAGAUGCUCCAGGGCCUGGGCGCUGACGACCAGCUGGCGCAGUCGGUGGCCACGGUCUUCAGCCAGCUGCGGGCGCUGGCGGACAAGGCAGCUGCAGCAGGGUCGGACGCUUCGCCAGCACCAGGGCAACCUGCAGGAGGCAGCUCCAGUGCAGCGGCGCCCAGCGGACCUGCAAGUAUGCCGACGGCGGGCCAGCAGCAAGCGGCACAAGCCAGGCCAGUUCCCAUGGACACCGACGACCUGGAUGAGUUGCGGGAGUUUCUGCGCAACGCCACGGGCGAGGACCCUCCGCAGGAGGAGGCGCAGGUCAGGGAGGCCAUCAAGCGGAUGGCCACCGCGAUGGAGACACUUCAGGCCAAACGGCAGCGCACGGGUUCGCAGGCUGGGGGAGACACCGCCCCGAGCCCUGGGGUGGUGGCCAACCUACCACGGCACGCGAACGUUGCGGGGCCGCGGCUUGGAGAGGAGGCCUACAGCCAGGGCCCUAAUUUGGUGUCUACCGUCGCCUUAGUGCUGUGGUUCGAGGCCCUGCGCUGCCGAUUGGUGGACCAAGCGGCUUUCGUCCUCUCCUACCUGGUAAAGUUCGUGUUAGUCUUCUGGUUUGUGAAGUUCUGGACGGCCACCAACUUCAAUUACGAUAUCCAGCUGAAGAUAGGGUACCACAGCGGGCGGCUAGGGCAAGUGCUGUCGACGGGCUCCCUUGGCUCCAACGUGAACCAGGUCCUCACCUCCAACCUUACGUCCCAUGGAGCUAUGGUUGGAGUCUUGAGUGCGCCCUGCAGCUACAAGUCUAUUCUCUGCCUGCAGGAGCAUCACGGCGACGAGCAGCGCCUCCCUGAGCUCCAGAACACAGCGCGCCAGCACGGGUUUCAUGGUGUAUGGACUGUGGCCGCACCCACGGGCCGAGGCACAGUGGUGGUCUCCAUCUACUUGGUCGACUCGGUGGGGCUCAAUCAAGAGAAUAUGGAUCUGCUUACCACGCUGGCUCAAUACCUGGAGGCGCUCAAUGGUUUGGGACAGCCAUGGAUUGUGGCAGGCGACUGGAACAUGGACCCAGCGAGCACACUGGACUGGAUGCACUCGGUACACGGAGUUCAGCAGGCCCCAGCCCAACCCACAUGCAAUGCCACGCAACCUGGCACUACCAGGGAUUAUUUCUGCGUCUCUGCUGCCCUGGUCGAUUGGAUUCGCGGAUGCGAAGUCGGAGUGGCAGCGACUUUCCCGCAUCAGCCUGUGCAGUUGGGGUUUCAGUACUGCGCACAUGAGCAGUGGGCACGCGUCCCUGUUACACCACGUCCACUCCCGACGGUGCCGAAAGUGGGCUGUGCCAGGUUCCCACCCACACGGCAAUGGGCACGGGUGCAGCAGCUCAUUGAUCAAGCUUCAGACGGUGUGACUUUGGCUGCGGCGUGGGAUGGGGUUAUUACCACUAUGGAACACGAGAUCCUCAACCGCAAUGACAUAAUGGACAUGACGCAGCGGGGACUUCAUCACGGCCGAGCUGGUCCCGACCAAUGGGUAUGGAAGCGGGUACAGGCCCUCGUACCACCGAGGCCCAAGCGGUUGAGCGCCUACCAGCAGUAUGGCAAAUGGUGUCGGCAUCUGCGCUCCACGCACACACGCAUGCUUACGGCCCUCCAGCGCAUAAUGGAGGAGGCAGAUGCGAACCGUUUCCCCGCAAGGCUUUUGCCAGACAUUUACGGCCAGCACGGGCAGUACGUCAACAGCCUAGGUAGCCCAGUCCAGGGUCAGUUCAAGGAGCAGCGGUUGUUGGCACAACUCAGUCGGGAUCUUCAGGGAUUCUUCGCGCGGGUAGUACGUACUGGCUGGGUUGGGCCGCUGCUUGAUUACGAAGAUCGACUCCAGCUCCACAGUUACCACGACACGUUUUAUGAGCCUGACUUCCUAGACAGGAUCGACCGAGCGCUUGACAAGGUGAGUCGCGUGACGGAGGCCAUACGCAAGUAUGCUGGCAUUGAAUGGGCGCAGUGGGCCAAGCAAGCGUUUCAGAAUGGGGCUGGCAAAGCGCACAGAUACACUAGAGUGCGUGAACUACAAGAGACGUUGCAGUAUGCCGAGAAGGACCGUGGCCAACCGCACCACAUGGCUGAUGAAUGCUUGGAGUUUUGGAAGGGUGUCUGGACCAUUCAUGAGGAUCGAGCUGUCGCCACGCCGGCAGUUCAAGCAGAUUGGGAGGAGCUACCCGAGAUCACAAUCGACGACAUUCGUAACACCCUCAGACGAUUCAAAGCCACCACGGCGCUUGGGCAGGUAUCGAUUCAACCGCGCGCAUUGACCCAAGUAUCGGACAUGGGAUUGGGCGUCCUUGCAUCUCUCUAUCAGCAAUGCGAGAAGUUGGCGUGUUGGCCGACGCAGAGGGUCACCACGGUGCUAGUGAGGCUUCCCAAGCCCACGGGGGGCCACCGCCUCAUUGCGCUCAUCAAUACUGUGGUCCGCAUUUGGAGCCGAUUACGACGACGGAUCUCUAAGCAGUGGGAGCUCGCCAACCCUUCUACCGCCUUUUGGGGCACGAGGCCUGGUGCGACUUCUACCGAUGCUGCGUUUCAACACAACAUAGCUGCGGAAACGGCGAAGCUCAAUGGCAUGCAUACGGUCAGUGCACUGAUUGACAUGUACAAGUGUUUCGAGACGAUACGAUUUACUGCGCUGCUUGACAGGGCUAGUAAGAUGCAAUUUCCGAUGAGAUUACUUUGGAUGCUGAUUCACACAUAUCAGGCACCACGGCAGGUGCGAGCUUACGGGUCAUUGUCCACCAAAUUCACCUCCGCGCAGGGCAUAUUGGCGGGAUGCUCUCACGCCUGCGCCAUGGUCCACCUGCUCCUCUGCCAGUCCUUGGAG